AUGACAAGAAUGUGGUCGACGAUCAUGUUAGCUUUGAUACUUAUACUAUCAAUAUCUAUACAAACAAAGAGUGGUCAUGAGAAAGAGAAUGAUAUUGCCACUGCAGCUCCAUCGUUUGCACCACAAUCUGAAGAUGGAUUGUUACCAAACUCUAUAUCUUGUAUGGCUGAUGUUAAAACAAUUCCGAAUUGUGUAAAUGCAGUGAAGCAUUUCAAACUCAGAACUGUCACAAAGAACUGUUGUGUCAUCUUAUUAAAUCUUCCGGAAGAUUGUUUCGGAUAUAUAUUCCCUAUUAAAUGGGUCUAUCGUAUGGUUCUCAAGAUUGCCUGCAAAGUAUUUGGUCACAUUCCUUAA